AUGUCCGAGCGUAAAGUCUUGACCAAGUACUACCCCCCGGACUUCGAUCCGUCGGCGAUUACACGAACCAAGAAGGUGCCCGGUGCGAAACAGAAACUCCUGACUGUCCGUUUGAUGGCACCUUUCUCAAUGCGCUGCACGAGUUGUGGUGAAUAUAUCUACAAAGGUCGAAAGUUCAACGCUCGAAAAGAAACUACAGAAGAGAAAUAUCUUUCUAUCACUAUAUACCGAUUUUAUAUACGUUGCACGAGAUGUUCCGGCGAAAUCACAUUCAAAACCGACCCCAAAAACAUGGACUACGUCUGCGAGCGUGGCGCAAAACGCAACUUUGAGCCCUGGCGCAAUGCCCAAGCCGACAACUUGAACGAAACCGAGGAAGAAACACUAGACCGCUUAGAGCGCGAAGAAAACGAAGAACUCGAACAACUCGAGCGCGAUAAGAUGGCCGAACUCGAAGAGAAAAUGCUCGACUCCAAGCGCGAAAUGGCCGUUGCCGACGCGCUUGAUGAGAUUCGUACAAGGAAUGCGCGUAUCCAGAGAGGAGAAGCGCUUGGGGAAGAUGUUGCUUUGUCGUACGUCAAGGAUGAUGCUGAGGAGGCGAGAUUGCAGGCUGAGAAGGAGGAUGCGGAGGUUGCGCGGAGGGCUUUUAUGACUUCGACGGGGGAGAAGGUUAAACGGAUCGUGGAGGAUGAGGAGGAGACGACGGCGGCAAGGAAGACAGAAGAGGCUCCGGCUCCGGCUGUAACGUUUACGAAAGCGAGGAAGCCGAAGAAGCCGUUCAAUGCAGGCUUAGGUAUUAAGAAGAAGCCGGCAUUAGUUUAG